UCGAACUCUCCCUCUCUUCACCUCUCCAAAACCCUAAACCCGAACUCUCAUCUCUCUGUUUCCAUGGCGGAGGUGAAGCUGUCGGAGACCCGGGACCUGACCCGAAUCGAGCGCAUCGGCGCCCACUCCCACAUCCGCGGCCUGGGCCUCGACUCCUCCCUCGAGCCCCGCGCCGUCUCCGAGGGCAUGGUCGGCCAGGCCGCCGCCCGCAAGGCCGCCGGCGUCAUCCUCCAGAUGAUCCGGGACGGCAAGAUCGCCGGCCGCGCCGUCCUCCUCGCCGGCCAGCCCGGCACCGGCAAGACCGCCAUCGCCAUGGGCAUGGCCAAGUCGCUCGGCCUCGAGACCCCCUUCGCCAUGCUCGCCGGCAGCGAGCUCUUCUCCCUCGAGAUGUCCAAGACCGAGGCCCUCAUGCAGGCCUUCCGGAAGGCCAUCGGGGUGAGGAUCAAGGAGGAAGCCGAAGUGAUCGAGGGCGAGGUCGUGGAGGUCCAGAUCGACCGCCCUGCGGUGGCCGGGGCGGCGUCGAAGACCGGGAAGCUGACGCUGAAGACGACGGAGAUGGAGACGGUGUACGACCUGGGGGCGAAGAUGAUCGAGGCGCUGGGGAAGGAGAAGGUGCAGAGUGGGGACGUUAUCGCCAUCGAUAAGGCGUCGGGGAAGAUCACGAAACUCGGGAGGUCGUUCUCGCGGUCGAGGGAUUACGACGCGAUGGGGCCCCAGACGAAGUUCGUUCAGUGCCCGGAUGGCGAGUUGCAGAAACGGAAGGAGGUGGUGCAUUGCGUCACUCUCCAUGAGAUUGAUGUUAUUAAUAGCAGGACACAAGGAUUUCUGGCUCUGUUCACGGGUGAUACUGGUGAAAUCCGUGCAGAAGUGAGGGAACAGAUAGACACCAAAGUGGCAGAGUGGAGGGAGGAAGGAAAAGCUGAGAUAGUGCCAGGAGUCCUCUUCAUUGAUGAAGUGCACAUGCUCGAUAUAGAGUGCUUCUCUUUCUUAAAUCGUGCUCUGGAGAAUGAGAUGGCUCCUAUAUUGGUUGUUGCUACCAACAGAGGGAUCACCACCAUUCGAGGCACAAACUACAAAUCCCCGCAUGGAAUUCCGAUUGACCUUCUGGACCGUCUUCUUAUCAUCACUACUCAGCCCUAUACUGAAGAUGAAAUUCGGAACAUUAUAGACAUUCGGUGCCAAGAGGAGGAUGUCGAAAUGUCUGAAGAGGCAAAGCUCUUGUUGACAAAGAUUGGAGUGGAUACAUCCUUGAGGUAUGCUAUUAAUCUCAUUACGGCUGCUGCUUUGGCAUGCCAAAAGCGGAAGGGGAAAGUUGUGGAGUUGGAGGACAUCACGCGAGUCUACUCACUCUUUUUGGAUGUGAAGAGAUCGACGCAGUACUUGAUGGAGUAUCAAAGUCAGUACAUGUUCAGUGAAUUUGGUAAUGCUGAGGAAGAUGAAGCCAAUAUGAUGAUUUCCUGAGGCCUAAAAGCUGGACCAGACUAGAGGAGAUAACGGGAGGCAUUGAACACUCUGCUUCUGCAGUCAACAGAAACACAGGUCACGCAGCUCUUUUUUCUUGCUAGGUAAUAAAUCAGGAUGACCAAAAAAAAAAUAUUACUGCCAAAAUAGAUUAAAGUUCUUUAUUGCCCACACUAGGUAAUAAACACAGAUCGGCACUUGCAGGCCUAAAAGAUAAAUGUCUUGUUAGCUAACAUAUCCUCAGUAUAUAUGGUAUAUGGGUAUGACUAUGAGACUCAAAAGAGUUACCAAGAGAGCUAGACAUAUGUAGGCCUAACUUCCUAAAAAAUUUCUAACUUUAGAUUCGAUCCCAAUCCUAACCCAAACUUUUUGUUGUCUAAUAAAUUUCCCGACUUUCACUCUAGUCUCAUAUCUGUCCAUGCGUCCAAAAAUCGCUACCAGUU